AUGACAAGCCGCGAGCCGCCCGAGGCACCGGAGGCUCCACGCCCCCUGUGUGACGAUUUUGCGUCGUUCUGCAAAAAGCGUGCGACACUCUCGCCGUCGAAUUCGGGCGUUCAGUCAGCCUGUGCGCUUCGCACCGCCAAACGGCCUGCGGAUAGUGGGCUUUCGCCUAGCCAGCUUGCAUCCUUCGUGCUGGGGAGGCGAGCCGCGAGAGGCAAAGCGGCGCUUCGGCUCCCCAUGUCCACUUUUGCUGUUUUUGUUUUGUCUUCCUUCGGCCUGGGAGGCUCGGGAUUUGCAACUGCAGCGACUGCAAACGGGCAGCCGUUUUUGUCCACACCGGCAGACACGCCAGGCUUUGACUUGCGGAAGGCCGAGGCAGCCGCCCCGCCGCUUGAGGGAAAAAGUGGAGGUUUGGUCUUCUCGUUGACGAAACCACAGCCAGGCACGAAGCCGGCAGAAAGAGGGCGGGAGGGGGAGCAUCGGGAGGGAAAAACUGAACACGAAAACUCGCAGACACACCACGCGGAUGUGCAUGCAAACAAAAAUGCAGCAUCCCAGGGCAGCGGCGCGGCGCUGGAGGAGACCAUGAGCCGGAAAACUGCGGAUCUUUUGCGGCCUGAAGAAGAGCCUCAGACCACCGCGAUUCCAGCGAGAACACCUGACAUGGUAGCUACUUCAUCGACUGGGACUUCUUCCCCUCCAGGCUUCGAACCCCUAGCGGAGACCGCGGAUGCCUCGGAGUCUCGAAAAUCUCCCGAUUCGCCGCCGGAGGCGCUCCGCGCUCCACGCACCGCUUUCGCAGGACUCACGCAGAGUAACGACACUGCCGCCGCCGCUCCUUCGCCGCUUCUACCGCCUUCUCGCAGUCUCUUCAGGGCCUUCGCGCGACUUGUUCGCUCGCCAAAGUGCGCAGUGCUGCCAGGCAGUAGCGGCGCGAUUUCGUUUUGCCCGCGGCCGCGCCGCGAGGGCCUUCCAGAUACUCGCGAUCGACUGAAGGGCGCCAACGCAGGCGACGCCAAAGAAAUUCCCUCCAGGUGCGUCCAGCACACGGCACAAAAACCGAGCUCCGCGUUUCGUUCGCGAGGUUCUCAGUACUCCACCGUCCGCCUCCCGUCGCUUCGCACUUUUCUCGAGGUUCGAAUCGCUUUUUUCCUUCUGACUCCGUUCUUCUCCAGCCGUCUUGCGGGCUGGCGCGUGAUGUCGCGCCUCUCGCAGGCCUCGAAAAAUGCGCCUUCUCUGCUGCCCCUGUCUCCGCAUCCUCAACCUCCGCGAGGGGGCUGCUCUCUUCUCGAGCGCGCUCCCUCCAUGCGCCUGCGCGCCCUUCUUUCCCUGUCGCUUUCUCGCCUUUCUCGCAGCAUCUUGUCCCUCCUCGGCUUCUCGCGUCUGGAGUCGACCGUCGACGAAGCGCUCCCCGCGCCAUCCGAGGAUGCCGCGGGCGCGGGUCUGCGGCGAGACUCUGCGAGGCCUCUCGCGACCAAUGCCCGACAAGGUCGCUUUUUGUCGCUGGAGCUUCCGCCGCCGUCCAACGCGUACAGCCCGGAGGCUUGCGGCGACGGCAAGGGCAUCGCGGGAGAGGAAGGCGAGACAUUUCUGGACUUUCAAACUGCCAACGAUACAGGGCCUCGAACGCGCGCCCGCGACCCUCGCGCAUGCGGCGCCACUCCGCGCACGCCGAGGGCGAGCGAGGAGCUCACGCAGCCGGUCAUUUUCUUCGAGAGACUCGCCUUCUUCAUUCCAGUCACGGAGAAGCAGCCUGCCCCCGACGAGGCCGCGCGGAGCUACGUCGUGGAGCUCAAAGCGAAGCUCGACCGCCCGCUGUCUCGAGAUCUCCCCGAUGCCUUUCGCAUGGAGCUGACCUGCGGGAGCGGGAGCGGCGAAGCGCCGCCUGAGGACGGCGCGGACGCGUGGACGGCCGCGUCUCUCAGCAUCGGCAGAAUCCUGCGCGAGGAAACCGGUCGCAGACGCGGCACGCAGGGCUUCGAAGUCCGCUGCCGCCUCACUGCGCGCCGCGCGUCGCCGAGCGCGCAGCCGCUCAACAUCUGGGGCGAAGACGACGAUUUACCUCAGCUCGUGCCUGGAAACAUCCUCACCGUCGUUGUAGGCGGCCGGCAGUGCCCCCCGGGCCUGCUGGAGGCCGCGGACGGUGCCGGCGCCUGCGUGCCCUGCGACCCGAAAGGAGACUGCCACUCUUUAGGGACGAAGUGGAGCAAUUUCCAGGGGGAAGGCGACUCUGCCGAGACGGGCGACGAGCGGUUUUCGCGCCUCCUCAAGGUCGCCGCGGAGUACGAACCCGUGAGCGGGACUCUGUGGGGUGACCCGUUUCCGCUGCGAGGCCCGCUGUGCGCGGUGGGGACGUAUAUGUCUGGCAGAGCGGCACCGUACUGCCGGAUCUCCUGCAAGUUGCUGUAUCGCCAAGACACCAAACCCGCGCCGAGUAUGCAGUUCCCCGGGCUGUUUCUGAUUGAGGACGAGCCGACAGACACGAUGGAUCUGCACCUCGAGCUGCAGGAGUUGGCGCUCUUCCGCUGCGGCGAAGGGUCCUUCACUUGGCCCUCGCUCGCCGCGUGCUUCCCCGCCCUCCAGGGCUUCGAAGUCCGGCGCGUGGAUGACUUCGAGGCCGCGUCGCAGAUGCCGCCGGCCGACUACUUGCGCAUGACUUUUGAGUACGCCUACACUGACUGCGACGCAGGCUGGAACAACACGUACCCGGCAGACCCUGCAAAUGCAUGCAAGCCAUUCUCGCAGUACGCAGGCAUAGUGCAGAUGACCGGCACCUGGUCAGUCCCCGUGGACUACUCCUGCGCCGAGGGCUCCAUUUCCCGCAAGGACUUCUUCCACUCCCCGCGCUGCUACCCGGUCCCCAUGAACCGGGCGGCCGCUGGGGCCAAAGACCCCGCGGUCACCGAGCCCGUCAUCUGCGAGAGCGAAGGCCGCUUCCGACCGCCAGGGAUGAAGGGACAGGAAUGCCUGGCGUUCGUCGGCGGCGCCUACGCUGCGAGCACAGGCACGCACAUGUACCUGCGCGACAUGCCGGGAAAACCCUUCCAUCGAGGGCCUUCUGCGAGCGGCCCAGCGCGACUCUGCGACACCUACCGACUCGAGUGCUCACCUCACGGCGACUUCCCGGUCCUCGACUUCUACGCGAACCUCUUUGCGAAACAGCCCACGACCGCCCACGCCGGUCACUUCCAACCCGCCGGAGUCGACCGGGAUCCCGCGGGUCAGCCCCCGUGCCCGCUGGGGGCCAACUGCCCCGCAGCGGAAAUCCAGAACGGACACCCGCGAAUUCCGCUGCCCUACUCGCUGACCGCGACAGGCCCGAUUCGCAGUCGAAGAGGAAAGAGUGCGAGAGAGGAACUGCCUCUGGGGCGUGGGGUCGAUCUCUCAGACCCCGAGACCCUGACAGACGUCUGGAUCUACAAACCGGGCGCGGAGGCUCCUGAAUACUGCUGCCAUGGCUGCCACUGCGAGACGACCAACGAGUCCGUGCAUCUGCACCGGGUGCCUGCGGGGACCUUUCGUGGGCGGCGCAUGGCGAGCGGGCAGAUGCCGACUUACCACGCGUGUUCGCCUGGGCACUUUUGCCCCGCGGCUGCGGUUUUCGAGACCCCUUGCCCCAAGCGGACAUACCAGCCUGCGUCGGGGCAAGGCGCCUGCCUGCCCAUCCCGCCGGGGUUCGCGGGGACCGGCUUGGGCUCCGUCACGCCCGUGGCCUGUCCCCAGGGCCACUUCUGCUCUCAGGAGCCCAAGAGGCCCGAAGUGUCUCCGUGCCCCGCGGGGACGAUCAACGAGGGGGCGGCUGGCGAGUCCGCCGAGACCGCCUGUCAGCCGUGCCCGGGGGGGUACACAUGCCCCAAGGGCACCGGCGGGCGCAAUAGGCCAGGGUACUGCCCCCUGGGGUUUUACUGCGAAGCGGGAAAGGCGACACCGACCCCCUGCCCAGAAGGUACUUACGCGCCCUACUCGGUGCCGACUCCGCAGAUGACGAGGGUAGGCAAAUGCCGGCGGUGCCCCGAAGGAAAAAACUGUCCCCCCGGCAGCAGCCUGAAGGACGUGCUGGCGACGGGAAUCUGCCCGCCUGGGGCCUACUGCCCCGGGGGCGACCCCGCGCGGGCCCAGAAGUGCCCCAUCGGCACGUACGGCGUCACGCCCGGCAACCAAGAGCCCGCCGACUGUCUGCCCUGCGACGCAGGCAAGUACUGCCCUGUGACAGGCCCAGAUGACCCCGAGCUGCCCACGAAGGCGUUGGACUGCCCAGAAGGCUCGUUCAGCACCAACCUCGGCGUCGUGGGCGACUCCAGCCGCAUUCUCGCCAGCGAGUGGGGCUUCGAACCAGGCUUCCACUUGGCGUUCACGACUGCUGGAGGGGGUCUCUGCCGCGCAGAGACCGAAGAGCUUUCCACCAUCGCGAACGUGCGCGAGGCCGACGGGCGCGGGCUGCCCGCUGACAGCCUCGCGUACUUGGUCGGGGGAGACAACCUCUUUUGGGUCGUCUCAGAGGAAGGGCGAGCGGCCUUUUCUGGCGACAACAUGUACAGCUUCAAGCCAAUCAACCUCCCGAGCGGCGCCAGGCUCCUUGGAUAUGUCAACGGCAGACUCUGGGCAGGGCAUCCUUCCGAGCGCGGACUGACUGUUUCGCUCGAUCACGGCCGCUCUUUCGCGCGGGUGCUGCCUGAGCGGCUGUCCUCUGCGGUGGUGUUCGCGGCAGACCCCGGGGGCGGCACGCUGUGCGUGGCUGACGCGUACGGCGCCGUACAUUGCAGCACAGACAACUUCGCCUCGCUGAAGGCCUCCUCGGGAGCCCCGGUGGGGAGCGGCGCCGUGAGAGCCCUCGCCAUUCUGCGCGGCGGCCGGCGCGUCCUGGUCGCAGUCGAGGGCAGCCUCUACAAAAGCAGCGACUGGGGAGCGACCUUCAGGCACGUGGCGACAGUCGACACCGCGUUCGUAGCCAUCGCAGAGACGCGGCUCGGCGAGGAGGUCUUCGCCGUCUCGCAGAGCGCUGUGCUCAAGUCAGAGAACCGCGGCUCUUCGUUCCUCGUCAUCGCAGACCCGCGGAGCUUUCCUGACGCGUUCUUGCCCAUUGCGAGUCUCGGCGUCUUCGAAACAGCCGCAGAUGGACAGCGCAAACUCAUCCUGCGCGGAGAGGGCAAGCGACUCUUCAUGCGAAGCGACGACGGCGCCGUCUGGGAGCAGCUGCCGAGACUCCCUGACGGCCCCUGCCGCGCCUUCCCCGCGACGAGCGCCUUUGUCGCGAGCCACAGAGCCCCGCCAGCCAUCGAAGGCACCUCGGGCCAGUGCAUUCGCGGCAGCCUGCCGGGGGAGACGACGACGCUGCUGAGCCAGCCAGGGGAGAUGAUUGAGAACAGCAUCGUGGUGCCUUGCAAAGCGGGUCACUACUGCCCCUCUGCAUGCGACGAGAAAAACCAAGUCGUCUUGCCUUGCCCCCCGGGACGCUCUGCGAGUCUGGCGUCGAUCGAGAGCCCAGUCUGGGCUCGCAUCCGUGCCCUCGAGGACACUACUGCCCCGAGGCAACUGCGGCCCCGAUUAAGUGCGGAAAGGGCACUUACAACUCGCAGCUUCACCAGGCAACUCCAGAGGCCUGCAUUCCGUCGCCAGCGGGUUACUUCAUCGACGUGGAAGGCGCUGCGGAGCCGAGCAAGAAGUGCCCCGUCCACCGAUACUGCCCGCAGGGGACGCGCGACGAGGGGGUCGCUUGCCCCCGGGGACUUCCCGCGCUUCUGUCGUCUUCUUGUGCAUUUCAAUUCACAUGGCCUCAGGCGCUUCACCGGCGGCGCGUCUGUCGCGGACUGCUUUCCCUGCCCCGCGGGGUACUUUUGCCCGGGUGUCUCCAGCGGGGGCAGCUUGGCGCCCGUCGAGUGCACGGUUGGGCACUACUGCCCCGCGGGAUCGGCAGGCCCGACGAAGUGUCCCCCGGGGACGAUGAACCUCAGCAAGAGGGUACCUUCGGUCGAGGAAUGUGAACUCUGCCCAAGAGGAAGUUAUUGCUCCGGCACGAGCGCGCUGGUCGUCACGGGGAGCUGCGACGCAGGCUUCCUCUGCGUCGGCGGCGCCACAGACCCCAGACCAAACGACGGGGUCACAGGGUCCCCGUGCCCCGCAGGAGGGUACUGCCCCGUUGGGACGCUGGUUGUUCAGCCUUGCCCGGCAGGGAGGUACAACCCGACUGAAGGCGCGGAGAGCGAGGCCGCCUGUCAGCCUUGCCCCGAGGGGUUCUUCUGUCUCGGCAGCGGGAACAGCGCUCCCGACGGAGUCUGCAGCCCCGGGUACUACUGCCCCGAGGGAUCUUCGAGAGCCACACAGAAGAAAGCAGAAGUGGGCUACUAUGCGGAGGCUGGAGCGGCUGUGCAAACGCCAUGCGAGCCGGGAACCUACGCCCCCGAGCCCGGCAUGGCCAGCUGUCUCGCGUGCCCCGCUGGGACACUGUGCGCAGAUGCGCAGAUGUCCGGGCCGGCCGAGUGCCCCCAGGGCUCCUUUUGCCUGGCGGGGGUCUCGAAGGGGUCUCCGUGCCCAGCGGGGACUUUUGGCCCGCGCGCGGGGCUCCGGGCCUGGACCGAGUGCAAGGUGUGCCCGCCGGGGCAGUUCUGCGGGGCCGCGGGCCUCACGCGGGCCAGCGGCCCCUGCGCGGGGGGCUACUACUGCGUGCAGGCCGCGACGUCGGCGGCGCCAGCCCUCGCGAUCGGGGACUCGCUCGUCGAGGAAGUCAGCGGCCCCUGUCCCGCGGGUUUCUUCUGCCGCGCCGGCGCAAUCACUCCGACGCCCUGCCCCCAGGGGACUUUCAACAGAAACGAAAAAUCAGACAGCGACGCGGCCUGCAUCCAGUGCACUGCCGGCUUCUUCUGCGACCGACCGGGGCUCGCGGAACCCGCUGGGCGCUGCCCCGAGGGCUACGCCUGUCCGCUGGGCAGCCGCGUGGCGCGGGAGCCUUCUCGCCUGUGCCCCAAGGGGUUCUUCUGCCCCGAAGGAGCCGCCGAGGCCCAGCCCUGUCCGGCGGGCACCUAUGCAGACGUGGCGGGGUCGCCCGCGUGCCAGCCCUGUCCCAGCGGCUUCCUGUGCUCUGCCGAGUCUGCUGAUUUCUCCACGCCGUGCCCUGAAGGCCACUACUGCCCAAGGCAGUCAACAGACGCUCUGGAGUGCCCCGCGGGGACUGUGGGACCGGGCACGAAGGCCCCCAACUCCUCGGCGUGUCUUCAAUGCCCUCCCGGCGCUUACUGUGAAACCCCCGGCCGCGCGACCCCGACAGCGGUCUGCCCUGCAGGGGCUUUCUGCGCGGGCGGAGUGACGUCAGCGGGCGAGGCAGUCGAGUGCCCAGCAGGGGCCUACUGCCCCCAGGGGACUGCAGUCCCCAUUGCGUGUCCGCGGGGGCAGUUCUGCCAGGGGCCCGGGCGGGACAAGCCGUCGGGGACCUGCCAGGCGGCCUCGUACUGCCCCGCGGGCACGCAGACCCCCGAGGGUCUCGCCUGCCCGCGGGGCAGCUUCUGUCUUGGCCAGUCGGACCCCGUGCCGUGCCCGCCAGGGACCUACAGCGACGUCGAGGGUCUCUCUGCUGAAGACCAAUGCAAAAAGUGCCCGCCGGGCUCGUACUGUUCGUCGCCGGGGCUUGCCGCGCCGAGCGGGCUCUGCGCCGGCGGCUACUUUUGCGAGGAGGGGGCCGCCGACCCGCGCCCAGUCGCCCAAGUCUGCCCUCCGGGCCACAUGUGCCCCCAGGGGGUCACAGAACCCGCGCCAUGCCCUGUCAACACUUGGCAGCCUCUGAAGGGCCAGACGGAGUGUCAAGUGUGUCCUGCGGGAUUUCUUUGUGACGCGCAAGGCGCGCGACCCUGCGAUGAGGGCAGCUACUGCGACGGCGUCGACGGCACGAAGAAGGACUGUCCAGAGGGAACCUUUCAGCCGCUGCCUGGGCAGACGUCGGAGCUGAGCUGCUUGCCCUGCAAGCACGGCUUCAUCUGCGAGACACCCGCCUUGACACGGCCCACCGACCAGUGCCCCGCGGGUCACUUCUGCCGGGGGGCACAGCGGACAGCCUGCCCCGAGGGGUUCUUCUGCCCCGAGGGGACCGAAAAGCCCUUCCCCUGCCCCCCGGGGCAGUUCUGCGCAGGCACGGGGCUGGCGAAGCCCAGUGGGCCCUGCGCGGCGGGCCACUACUGCGCGCGCGAGGCGACGGAGAGGAACCCGAGCGGAGACCUAGACAUCGAGUUCUGCUUCAGCGCACUGACCUCCGGCGAAUGCCCCGUGGGCUACUACUGCCCCGAAGGCGUCUUGUUUCCCGUCAGAUGCCCGCCGGGGACCUUCUCCGAUGCGCCGGGGAAGGGCGAGCUCGCCGACUGUCGUCCCUGCACGGAAGGCUUCUACUGCGGCGGCUUUGCCCUAACCGGGGUCUCGGGCCCCUGCCUGCCGGGCUCCUACUGCCCCGCGGGCCAGCGAACCUCGUAUGGCGUGCCUUGCCCGAGGGGUCACAUGUGCCCCGCCCAAGCUGCGGCGCCCACUGCGUGUCCUGAAGGGGAGUAUCAGCCGGCGGAGGGUCAGGCGAAGUGCCUCCCUUGUGUGCCAGGCUUCAAGUGCCCCGAGAGGAGCUUCGAGGUUCAGGCCUGCCUUGCGGGUCACUUCUGUGCGCAAGGCGUCGCCGUUAAAUGUCCCGCAGGGACCUACAGUGCGGCAAUCGGCAUCUGGGAGCCUUCUCAGUGCAAGCCCUGUCCCCCAGGAAAGAUUUGUUCGGCCGCAGGCGCAGAGGAUCUUCAGGGCGCCACCGACUGCCCCGAGGGCCACUACUGCCGUCUCGGGGCCUCCGAGGUCCCCUCCCAAGACCCUACAACGUGUGGACCCGACCCCACGGCGUGCCUGCCUGGGGCCAAGUGCCCUGCAGGGUACUACUGCCCCACAGGUAGUUCGGGCCCGAUUCCCUGUCCCCAAGGGACAACUGGUUCUCCGCAGGGGUCCACAGCCCCUUCCCAGUGCAUUCAAUGCCCGGCGGGGUCCUACUGCAGCAAGGCAGGGGCCUCUGGCGAACCGUGUGACCCCGGGUUCUUUUGCGUUCCUGGCAGCACCGAGGCGCGACCAGUGACGGGGGUCUGCCCAAAAGGGAAGUACUGCGAGCAGGGUUCGGCCGAGGGGACCGACUGCCCCCCAGGGACGUACGCGGACGUCGAGGGCCUCGCUGCCUGCCGUCAGUGCCCUCCAGGCUUCGUUUGCGCGAUGCCGGGCCUGACGGAGGGCGACAAGACUCCCUGUCCCGUAGGGCAUUACUGCGAGCAGGGGACCCACACGCCCGAAAAGUGCCCGUCGGGGACCUUCUCCUCCGCGACGCAUGCAACAGAUGUCUCGUGGUGCAGCCCCUGCUCGCCGGGGCACUUCUGCGACGACGCGGGCCUUCAGACCCCCAAGGGCGAGUGCGAGGCCGGGUACUUCUGCCUCCAGGGUGCGAUGGAAGCCAGGCCGCCGUCAGCAGACCCGCCUGGCUGGAACGGCGAGUGCCCGCCGGGCUACUACUGCCCCGCAGGGUCCUCGGCGCCCAAAGCCUGUCCCCCGGGGACGUACAGCGACACGCCGUUGGGUACUGACGCGGAUGCGUGCCAGCCUUGUCCGGAGGGGCGCUUCUGCGGGAAAUACGGCCUGGUUGACCCCGAGGGUGUCUGCGACGACGGGUUCUACUGCGGGGCGGGUCAGACCUCUAAGCGGCCCGUAGGGACCGCCACCGGGGGCAUGUGCCCCCCGGGUCACUUCUGCACCGAGGGUGUGAAGGCUGCUUGUCCCGAGCACUCCUACAUGGAUGAGAAGGGCGCGAGUAGUUGCAAACCGUGCCCCGAGGGGCACUUUUGCAAGGCCUCGGCGGUCGCUCCGCAGCGGUGCCCAGCGACUUUCUUCUGCGAGACGGGGCGGGGCAAGAAAGUUUGCCCGGAUGGGUCCUAUUCGGUGUCGGCGGGCUUGAGCGCAGCCUCGCAGUGUCUCGAGUGCCCGCCGACAAAGUACUGCGCCCAGGGCAAGAUCCAGGCUCUCUGCAAGGAAGGCUUCAUCUGUCUCCUCGGCGUGGGCCCGACAGACUCUCCCCCGGGGACCGCCGCGCACGACGGGCCUCUGCCCCAGUACGCGGUGCAGCUCGGCGAGCCCUGCCCCGUCGGGGUCUACUGCCCCGCCGGAACUGCGGAGCCGCUGCGGUGCCCCCCGGCUCCACGACGACGCGCACGGGCGCGACGUCGGUCUCCGAGUGUGUGCGGUGCCGAGCUGGCUUCUACUGCGCCUCCGUGA